AAGAGAGAUGGGCGAGAGAGAGAGAAAGAGAUUGGUAUUUCUCACUGUGAGAUCUUUGAAAUCGCAAGUUUUUGAUUUCACGUUAAACCAAAGCUGAUUUUAUAUCAACAUCGUUUGAUUUCAUUACUAAAAGUUUUGAUUUUUGAGUGAAUUUUGUUCCAAAGUUUUGAAAUUGGAUCCGCCCAGAUACUAUAAAGCUUGAUUCUUUUGGGUUCUCUGAUACUUUCUGUUUGGUUUACUUCAAACCCACAUGGAGAGAAUUUGUGCAUAGCUUCCACUUUACGUUCCUUUUGAGAAGUUAGAUGAUUUCACUUAACAUUUUGUUUUCAAUUUGGUUUUCUAGGGUUUUGAUUGGAUCGUCUUUGGAAUCGACCCUAAUUGUGGUUUUGUAUACUAGUAAAAGCUCAAACGUUUGGAGUGUGAGGAUUGAUUGAUGCGCGAGUCAGUAUUUAUCCCCAAUUUCCCAAUUGGGUUUCUGCCACUGAGUUGAUUGAUUAAGCUAAUAAGGCUUAUAUAAAUCUCCAAUCUUGGGGUAUCACUCUUUAUUCAACCAAAGUUGACCCUUAUCAGAGGGUUCAGAAUUGUGGACUUGGAAUUUGAUUUCUUGGAGGUGAUUAUUGCGGGUCGGAAAGUAUAUUAUUGCGGGUCGGAAAGUAAAUUUUGAGCUGGAAUGGUAAACUGGAUCAUAGAUACUGAUCUGGUCAAGUGUUGGGAUAAAGGAGCCAAAAAGUAGGGAGUGUGUGUGGUUAAAGUAUACCACUUUACAGUUCCCACGGACAAGUGCCAUGUCUCGCUGCUUCCCAUUUCCUCCACCAGGAUAUGAGAAGAAGAUUAGAACUGACGAAGCAGACCCUCUUGUAAAGGACAAGUACAAGGAAAAGAAGCAUAAGAAGGAUAAAGAAAAGAGAGAGGGUAAAGAGAAAAAGAGUAAAGAUAGAAGCAAAGACAAACAGAAGGAAAGAAAGGAGAAAAAAGACAAACAUAAAGAUCAGAAAGACAAGGAGAAAGGUAAAGAAAAAGGCAAACCUUUGGAGGAGAAGAAAGCUGAGCUGCUGACAAAUGCCGGGCACAGAGAGAAUCGUGUAACAGAUACGGUGCAGAAUAAUAGUAAUGGAGAGUCAAAGUAUGUACAGGACCUGGCAAGAAGGAUCAGAUAUGACGAAGAAGCAACAGGAAGUCAGAGUGCACAAAGGAUUGAUCAUCCUAACCAAAAAAAUGUAGGAAUAACAGAAAAAGCAUUUGAGAACAGCCCAAUUGAAGAAACAAGCCAUAGGGUAGAUGACAAUAAGAGAAUCAAUAACCAGAAGAACUUUACAGCGGCAAAAAGUUCUGAAAAUGCAGUUUCUCGAGUAUCAUUUGGUGCAGAUCAUAAAAGAGCUGAGGUGAUGGGUAAACCAAUGGAGAACAGAGACCAGGUGAGGCAAACAGAAUCAGCUGAGAAGAGUCACCGCAAGGAAAAUGUGACCAAGAGUGAGAAACCAAGGGAUCAAGAAGGGGUAAAGAAGACUGAAGCAAAGGAUAAAGACAGAAAUAAAGAGAAGAAAGAGGAAAAAACAGAGUCGAUAAAUAAAACUCGUCAGGAGAAACCAAAAUUGAUACGAGGGCCCAAGUUAGAGGAAAGAGAAAAGGACUCUCCGGAUUUAAGAAAUUGCAAGCUGCCUGACGUUUCACGGACAAGCAUCAAGAACCUUCACACCGAGGGAAAUCUUGGCAAACGGAAGGAUCAUAUGACAAAUGGAUUCCUGUAUGGUGAGUUAUUCUCUGAUCCAAUUCUCUGUCUGGUGAAUGAGGAGUGUAGUUGCCAUAUUAACCAUCGUAUGAUAUAUGGUUUGGUACUUAGAAGCAUCUAAUAGUUUUAUCCAAUCAUGGUAUGUUUUCUUACCUUAAAAGAUUUUUUAAAUUUACGGGUAUCUUACUGGUUUGGUAGUUUCUUGGUUUGGAGUAAUGAUGCAAGAUCCGUAUUUCUUGGUUUUGGUCUGAAAUGUUAACAAUGUAGUUUAUUACCUGUUUGUUGUAACAUUAGUCUUUAAUUCUUUCGCAGAAAAUGGAACCACGCCACACAAGUUACAGAAGCUGAGUGCUUCUGUACCAUCUGUGGAAAAUGGAAGAACAUUAGGUGCACCCCGAACUCCUCCAAUGCCUGCUUCUGAGGUGCAAGGAACAACUUGCAAGCCACAAGUCAAAGAAGUCAGAAUUAAUGGUUUUGCUGUCUCUGGAGAAAAACGUAAAGUCUGUCCACCAAGCCCUUUGGCUGCAACAAUGAAAGUGAAAGUCAAGGAAAAUGGUGAAGCAUCCGCAAAGCCGCCUCAUCCUGACCUAAAGUAUCUCAAUCAGAUACUCCAUGUACCUACAAGGGAGCUGUUGCCAGAGAUUGAUGAUGACCAAGAAUGGCUACUUGGUCAGUCGGGUAUCAAAUUAAAAAGGGCGAGAACAGAUCCUCCAGAUUCUGGCGAAUCCUUGCAGGUCUGGAACCAAGCUUUCAGAAUAGAGUCUGCGGAUAUCACAGCUCUUCCUUAUGUAGUUCCAUUUUAGCUAUGACUAUAUUCCUACGCUACAAUCCCUGAGGAGAAGAACUAUCCCUCGCACAACGCCACUUUGCAGCAGCAUCUAUUAAAGAAGACCGACAACAGCAGUCCAUGGCUCCCCAAAGUUUAUGAGCAGGGAUCAAAUAUGUUAUACACGCCCAUAAUAUGAACACCCACAAAGCUCUGCAUGGGUGGGGGAAAAGAAUGAAUGAGGAAGAUGUAAGUAGAGUAAGUUUAUAGAGAAGUUGAUUGUUGUUUGACACCAUGUUGUGUUAUAAGGACAAGGAUAUGUGUGGCAUUUUGUUCUGCACGCAAUUUUGAUUCCCUGCUUGCAUCAUCAACAUUAGUGGAUAAAGUUUGUAUAUUACAGAGAAUGGAAAAAGAAAGAGUAGGGCUCUAUGUGUGUUACUGGGCGUGGAGACGGA